CAGCGCAUGCGUGUCUCCCGCGGGACUUGGAGUAGCUGCCCUUGGGGCGGGACGAGGGGUGAUCAUGGCGUCUAUACUGACGAAGGAAUACUGGGACGUCCCCGAUGGCACAGAAUGCCACCGCAAGACCUAUGUCACCACCAAGAUGGGUGCUGCUAUGGGCUUGGUGGCAUCUGCCUACCACCUUGUGUUUUUCCCACCUGAAUCAACUGCCGAGGGAAUAUUAAGGGCUGGGAAAUUUACGUUCUCCAUGGCUGCCGUAGGUGCCAUAUUUGGGAUCACUUCCUGUGUCAGUGCUCAAAUUCGGGAAAAACCAGAUGACCCCCUGAACUACUUCUUUGGAGGCUGUGCUGCAGGCAUGACCCUCGGAGCUCGAAUGCACAGCUAUACCAGCGGGGCAGCAGCGUGUGUAUACGUGGGUGCCGCCGCUGCCCUUUUGAAGUUGGGCAAGCUGGAAGGUUGGAAGCUGGCCAGCGGGCCCCGAGUCUAAGCACCGACAAUGCCUUUGUGAGGUGUUUUGUAAAAAAAAGGUUGAUAUAUAGUAACCCUACUCAGCAUUUCCCCAAUUUCCUCAUUCUCUGAUGUUAAAUAAAGCUCGAAACAGCUUGA